AUGGAGGCGGGGCAGCCUAACACCGCCAACAGCGCAUCCGGCACCUCCAAAAUGCCAGGGGGAACCGAGACAGGGCACCUCCAACGGGUCAAAAAAGGGGAGGGGGAAGAAAAAAUAGAGGGGGAGGGGCGGCGGCGCGGAGGAAGACACGGGAAGAAAGACAGGGGGAGGGGGGCCGCGGGCGGAGGAAGGGCCGCGGCACCAGGGGAAGAAGAAGCGAAGGUGAAGGGGAAAAAGGGAAAGAGGAGGGAAGAUAAGGGUAGAGGGAAGAAGGAGGAAAAGGAGGAGGGGAGAGAAGAGGGAGAGGCAAGAGAGACAAAAUAG